AUGCUGCGUCGGGGCCCGCUGCCGCACGGCACUCCCACCCCGUCAGCAACGCCCGCGCAGGUGGGAGGCUGGAGUGCCCCGUGCGCCGCCGGCCGAUCGCCGUGGCACGCAUGCAGCAUCGCCUCCAAUCGGCGCACGCAGGUGGCAGCGCCGCGCUCACAGCCGCCGCCCCUCCCGCCGCCGUCAACACGGACACGCAGCGGCGCACUCGUCCCACCGCGGUUCCGCGAGUGCCGGUGUGUGCAGCCCGCCGUUGCGCUCUCUCUCCACUGCUGUGGGCGUCCUUCACCGCGUCCGCACUCACCAUCCCGUUAUCCCGAGACGGACUGUGACAGGUGCGAGUGGUCGGCCGCAGUCUGUUUCCGUCCAUCCGAAGACUCACUCCUGUGCCCUAUGCGCCGCCGCCUCUCUCGAGCCUGA